AUGCUUCGUCUUGCACGUCAAACCAUUGACGUCCCUACUACAGAUAUCACCAUCCCUCACGCCUCCGUUGUAUCUAUAUCUCCUUAUCUCACUCACCAUGCCCCUGAAAUUUAUCCUAACCCUGAUCAAUGGCAGCCCGAGCGCUGGCUAGAAGAGCCAGAAUUGGCAAAGCGUGUCAAUUCUAUGGGGCGAAUGGGUUAUAUGCCAUUUGGAGCCGGGGUGCAUCGGUUUCCAGGAGAGCAAUUGGCGGGAAUCAUUGCUGCAACGGUCGUGGGAAUUUUGGCACAAGACUAUGAUAUUACAUGGGGACCCAAGAGGGAACAGGAGACGACUAAUCUGGAUUUUUCCAAGAUUGGCAGCCCCUGGUUGAAAGAAGACGUCUCGGUGACGAUCAAAAAGCGAACAGCAUAG